AAUUCUAGCGUCUUUCUCUGCGUGUUUGUUUGUUCUGUGUGUGUGUUUGUACGGUUUUCGUGUUCCGUUAGAUUCCUAAAAUUGGUAACGUUGCAAUUCUUAACGGAAAUUUGGUAAGGCGGCAGCUCAGCUUUCUCAGACAUGGCCGACGAGGGUGAGGGAGAGAAGGCCGAUAAGAAAAUCGUGCACGUCUAUCCUCUAGUCAAGCACUCGGACAUGAAGGAGGAAAUGCGUCACGAGGUCAUCGAAUUAACCGUUGCUGUCUGCGAGAAAUAUUCUGCUAAUUACGAGUUGGCUGCUAAAACGAUCAAGGAUACGAUGGAUAAGAAAUUUGGCAUCUAUUGGCAUGUGGUUGUCGGCGAAGGAUUCGGCUUUGAGGUGUCCUAUGAGACUGAGAACAUACUCUAUCUAUUCUUUGGCGGCAAUCUGGCCAUUGUGCUCUGGAAAUGCUCCUAAAGCAGGUCAAUCAAUCAAUCAAUCAAUGAAUCAACCAACUAACCGAACCAACAGACGUACCUAGAAACCAAAAACAAACAGAUAACGAAAUUUUUGUAUUACUUAACUUUAGCAUAUUGUUAAUGUUAUGUAUUAAGUUGCGCCAUUUGAUGAAGUGAAGAAGUAAAACGUUGUGCCACGAUUUGUGUGUCCUUUGCCAUGGCAACUGCUGACAUUAUUGUUGCCCUUAAGACCAAAAAAAAAUACAAAAAAAAACCACUUGGUUAUAUGAAAAU